AUGUCCAACCACCCCACCAGCGACACCGACACCCCCGACCCAUGGAUGAUCAGCGCCAACAACCGGUUCUACCUAACAUUCACAGCCGGCGACCGAGUCGAAAUAUGGUCUUCCCCCACAAUGGAAGACUUCCGACCCGGAAACCCUCAACACCAGCAAUCCGUAGUGUGGAAACCAACACCCGGCACCCCAUGGUCAACCGACAUCUGGGCGCCAGAACUGCACCGUCUCAACGACACAUGGUACAUCUACUUUUGCGCCGCGCAUCCGGGCGAGGGAAACCCAUCCCAUCGAACCAUAUUAUUACGGUCCAGAAACGAGGAUCCAAUGGACCCUCGAGGGUGGGAAUUCUUGGGACCUUUGAAGGGUCUACCGGAUCACUGGAACAUUGAUGCCACGGUAUUUGAGAUCUCUUGCUCUCCCACAUCAUCCCACUCCCACCAAGGUGGGGCGACAACAAAGAAACUAUAUUGUUGUUAUUCGGGCUGGCCGCUAGGCGACCACUCCGACACCCAGCAGGAUUUGUUCCUCGUGGAACUCGCGAGUCCAGAACAAGCGGUGCCAGAAACGCUCACGUGCAUUUCGAGGGCCGAGUUGCCUUGGGAACGACCUGAUGGUGGGAGGAGGGGUGUUAAUGAAGGGCCGACGUGGGUUGAGAUACCUACCGCCGGUUCGAGGUCAGAGUCAGGUUUAGGGUCAGGUGAAAGUUAUUCAUUCCGCGGCAUCGUCUACAGCGCCAACGGCAGCUGGACCAGCGACUAUAAGCUGGGCGUGUUGGAACUUGUUGGCGGCACUGAUGAUCCUCUGCAGCCGUCAUCGUGGCGGAAACGACCUACGCCGCUCCUUGAAAGUGAUAGACGGCAGGGUGGACCGUUUGGACCUGGACAUGCGAGUUUCAUUGUUUUUGGUCAAGCGAGAUGUCCACCACAAAUCUUCUGCAUCUACCACGCCACCGCGAACGAAGGCGAAGGAUGGAACAAUCGCAAAGCGCGCGUUUUGUGUCUAAGUCCGGACCAUUUCCAGCCUCAGGCUCAGACAAUAUGUUGUGCCGAUGCGGCGAUUGCUAAACUUUAUCAUGACUAUGGUUUGGAUCGGGGGUAUGGGCAUGGAUAUGGUGUCGGUCCACAGCAACAACGGCUACAACAGCCGGCUUCGUCAGGACGGGAGCAGUACGUCUAUCCUGGACAGAUGGCGCAGUCACAGACAGGAGUACAGUAUCAGGAUCCCAAUGCAACGGCGGGCCAUGGAGGCAGUGGUCAAGGUGCAGGCCAAAGGAAGAGUUUCCUGGACAAGAUUGGGGAUAAAGUGUUGAAAAGGCUGAAGGAUCUGUGA